GCUGAGUUCUGUUCGCGUGUUUUGAUCAGCCAGCGUCCUUUAGGAGACGAGAAAUCCUAUCAAAUUGCUCAGAGUUCCCUUUUCUCUUUGUCUCCUGGAUGUUUCAACAAUGUCCGGGUUUCAGGGCCUUUCAGUCUUUCCUGUGGAGGUCCAUCAGCUUUUAGAGGGAAAAGAAGAGGUGUUGCUUGAUCAGCAGGAGAGAGACUCCAGUCGAAACCAGGAUAUUAUCAAGUCUCCAUAUGUUAAAGAUGAACCGGAGGAAUUGUUGAACAGUCAGAAUGGUGAGCAACUUCACAAACCAGAGAACACUAAUAUCAUCAAGUUCACUUUUGUUCCUGCCCCUAUGAAGAGUGAAGAAGAGGAGGACAAACUUCAGUCUACACAUCUUCUUCAAAUAAAAACUGAACAGAUGGAAAAUGGAUGUGAUGGAGAGGACUUUGGAGAACCGAGUGCAACCACAUACCUUGAUCCAGAGAGAAUUUUACAGACAGAGACUGAGAUCAAGAUUGAAGACUCCUCUGGGAUUGAGACUGAUGACAGUGCUGAUUGGAUGGAGACAACAGAACAGCAGUCAGGUUCAAAGCCAGUGGGAAAACUCAAGAAUAAUGGUAGAAAAAGGGAUAAGAGAGCACAUCGCUGCACUGAGUGUGGGAAAAGAUUUAAACGUAAAGGUCAUCUUAAUUAUCACAUGAAAAUUCACUCAUCAGAGAAACCCUUCAGCUGCUCAGAGUGUGGUAAAUGUUUUAAAAUCCAAGGGUCUCUUAAGGAGCAUAUGAGAGUUCACACAGGAGAGAAACCCUUUGACUGCUCUGAGUGUGAUAAAGGGUUUUCACGACAGAGAUAUUUGAACUUACACAUGAGAACACACUUGGAAGAGAAACCCUCUGAUUGUGGUAAAAGAGUUAACGAGGCCAGUCACAUGUUAGUUCCCACAAGACGGAAACGUUUUACGUGCUCUGAUUGUGGUAAAAGAUUUAGCCAAAAAUGUAAUCUGAAAACACACAGCAGAAUUCAUUCAGGAGAGAAGCCUUAUAGCUGCUCUGAGUGUGGUAAGAAAUUUAUGCAUAAACAUCUUGUCACAAAUCAUAUGAGAGGUCACACAGGAGAUAAACCCUUUAACUGUUCUGUGUGUGGAAAAAAAUUUAACCAACAGUAUGAUCUUACAUGCCAUAUGAGAUGUCACACAGGAGAGAAACCCUUCAAAUGCUCUCAGUGUGGAAAAAGAUUUAGUCGCAAUGAAAAUCUGACCAGACACAUGCUUAUUCACACUAGAGAGAAACUCUCCCCCACUGAGUACGGGAAAGAAUUAAUCCCUAAAGAGCAACUGAUGAAAAAGACCCAUGCAGCAGAGAAACGUCUUAGCUGCUCUGAGUGUGGUAAGAAAUUUGAUUAUAAAUAUGAACUCAUAAAUCAUAUGAGAAGUCACACAAAAGAGAAACCCUUCAGCUGCUCUGAAUGUGACCAAAGAUUUAGCCUUAGAUGUAAUUUGACCAGACACAGGAGAAGAACUCACACAAGAGAGAAACUCUUGAACUGCUCAAAAUGUGUUAAACGAUUUGUCCGACAAGAUUCUCUGACCAAACAUAUGUUAGUUCACACUCAACAGGAAAGAGAAAGUCUUGAACUGCUCCUACCGUGUUAAAAAUCUCUGAAAAGUCUUGUCUAGCAUUUAACAGAGCUUAGAGACCAAUUCACUGCAAUGAUUUUACUAAAGGUUACCUUGGCCUCAUGAAUAUAUUCACAACUGGGAUGAUGGUCAGAAUCAGAGGCUCUUCAAAACCAAAUCAGGGAGAAAAUGGAGUCAGAAUCAGGAGCUGAUGGAGAGGAUUGUGGAAGAUCAGAACCAGUCAGGAAAUCUGAUCCGGAGAGACAUUUACAAGCAGAGACUGAGGCCUUCUCUGAACCUGAGAUCAAAAACAGCAAUGAUGAUUGUAAGCAGACCAGGGAUUAUCAGUAAUGUUUAAACUUGGAGAUAUGAGUCUCACAGAGAGAAAGCAUCUAAACAAUAAAAUACCUCAUCUUUUGAAAUGAAGAUGCCACUGAUGUAAAACUAUUUUGCACUGGUUUGACUUUUUUUAAAGGUUUUACAGCAACAAAGCCCCUAAAUGUUUAACCCUUAGAACUCACACAGCACAAAUCUGUGCUGCAGGCACAUACCUUUAUAAAUCAUUUGGUAACGUCUAAACCGUAGGUUUUAGACUCUUAAUUGUUUUUUUUUUUUAACUGAAAGCUCUUUGUUGUGCCCUUCUGAUUAUCUUCUCCAUGCAUUCGUAGGUCUUACAGAACAUAUUCUAGUGAGCCCUGAACUUGGCUGACUUUCCAGGGUCUCUGAGGACAGUGUUGUAAUAAAUAACAAGAAGUGACAAGUUCAUAAAAAACUUUGAACCUUAAGUGAUAGACACUGUUUUUUCCUAUGAAAGCUGACUUUCUUUUCCUCCGUUUGCUACUCUCAAUGUCUCGGUAGCUCUAAAGGACGCCGUUCUAGCAAGCCCGGAACUUCGGUGACUUUUCAGGGUCUUUACAGAUUGAAUCCACAUAGUUCCAAUAAUAAGCGUCUUUUUGAUUGAUUUUUAAUCAAUUUUUGAAUACUUACUUCAGCUUUGUACCCAGGGCAUCACCAUGUUGUUUACUGCAAUGCAUUGUGGGAGUUGAAGUUGACCAGUUGCUAUACUGGCACAAAUACUGUCACAAAUGAAUCUAACUGUAAAUACAGGGCAUGGACUUUUCUUUGUAUCUUUGUAAAUAUUUUGAAAACAGUCAAAAAAUGUUUACUUUUUCACCAUUGGGUCCCCAAGAGACGCGAGAACAAG